CGGCAAAAUGGCGACCCAAAUUAAUUUUGACGAGGCUCGUACUAUUCUGAAGAAGAUGCGAGAAGAACAAGUCAGAGAUGGUGAUAUGGUAGUCAAAUUAUGGGAAGGUUUUGUCAUUCACCAGUCACAUAAACUUGGUGAUGAAUUGUGGUUAGUGUAUGAACAAGUGUGUAUAGCUGCUCUAGACUGUCAGCGUUUAGAUUUAGCUGAGGAAUGUAUAGAAGCAUUGAAAUAUAAGUUUUCAGACAGUAUGAGAGUUGAAAGGUUAAGAGGAAUGUUGUAUGAAGCUGAUGGCAGAUUUAACAAAGCUGAUAAACUAUAUUCCGAUAUUAUAGAAAAAGAUCCCACCAAUAUGAUAGCUAGAAAGAGACAGGUUGCUAUUUUAAAAGCUCAGGGUAAAACGGCAGAGGCCAUACAGAAACUAAAUGACUAUCUUAAAAAGUUUAUGACGGACUAUGAAUCAUGGAUGGAGUUAUGUGAUCUGUAUCUAUCAGAGUUUGAUUAUUUUAAUGCUGCUUUCUGUAUGGAAGAAGUUAUAAUGUCCAAUCCUCAUAACCAUUUAUUCCACCAAAAAUAUGCUGAGAUUCGGUUUACUAUGGGUGGAUCAGACAAUAUGGAACUAGCUAGAAGUUAUUUUGCUCAAGCUGUUCGAUUGAAUCCUAACAAUGUUCGAGCCUUAUACGGUGUAUUACUGGCGGCAACCAAUCUAGCUACAGUAUUUAGUAAGGGAAGUAAAGAAAAACAAAUAAAUGCGAGAUAUGCUUCUUGGGCUGAAGAACAACUAACAGUCAAAUAUAAGACUGAGACUGGAGAAGACCAGAGAAAAGAUACCAAAUGUUUAGAAUCUUUACGCAAAUUAUUAGAACUUUCACAAUCUACCAUUUCAUCUAAUUGAUUUAAUGGGGCGGGAAGGCAUAUUGAAAGUUGUAUAUAUUUCAUAUUGAGCAAAUGGAAAUUUUCUGUGAGAAAAGAAUCUAUGAAUCAAAACGUACGUUGCUAAGGAAAGAAAUUUUGUAAAUGAAGCAGUGCCUAUUCUCAAGAGCAUAAAAUUCAAAAUACAGUAAUCUGAUUGGAUAAUCUAUUAACAUUAUUGACCAAUCAGAUGACUGGUUAAAUUAUCCAAGUUAUGUUUAUAGAGAUUAAGGCCUCAGAAUUUAUUAAAACCAAAUUAUGUAAUAAUAGUGCAAUGUUAAGAAUAGUGCUUCAUCUUUAUGUCAGCUGCUUUUUCUCCAUAAACCAUUCUCCAUUCAUAUGAGGUCACUUAGAUGUUAAGUAGCAUGAUUGUGUAUGUACUAUGAUUUUUUAAUUGGAUUUUGGUUCUGUAUUUAUCAUUUGGACUGACAUAAUUAUUUCAUUCUAUUUAUAACAAACAAUCUGUAGAAUUCAUUAUAAUCAUGAAAAUAAAUUUAUCAUAUGUG